AUUUUGUAGAUGAAAAACAUAAAUAUGAUAGAUUCUGUCCAAAUUCUUUCACGGAUCUCGUCUAGUUCGGGUAAGAAAGCCAGUGGUCUGAGCGAGGUGGUAGUCCGUCCCAUUCUCAUGUCUGAUCCAGCGGAGGAGUUUCUACGGUCGCUAACACGCUUCCUGCCAUGCCUUCAUUGCCUCUUCGAUACGCUGUCUAAGGUUUUUGGUUUUUUUGUUUUCGAGAAAUUACUCCGACUAUAGAAUAAGCUUCAGGUUCUCGAUGGUCUAGGUUUCUAAUCUCACGGACUCGGAUGAAACUGGUUCUGAAGCUGGAUACAGUUUGGACAGUUUAACGCUGAUAUCACGGCGCCACGUCUUAUCGCAUGGACUGCCACUGCUAUUGGAUGAAGCUGCUGAUGUUGGACCUGGAGGUAGAAGAACUACACGCACCGAGGAGAACCCAAGGAUACGGGAGGCUGACGACCAACAAGAACUGGAAGGAGCACGGUCACGAGCUGGAUCAGUAUCUUCGGAGCAACCGCGUGCUUCUGGUGGAGAAGCAAGGCAGGACUUGGAUGCAGAACUGCUAGAGCGUAUCGAGAAUACCUCGCAAGACGAACUGAGACGGUGGGGAUCGCGGUGUGACUCAAUGCCCGAUCCAGUGCAGGCAGGGUUGCUACGACGCUUUCUCGCACCUCUCGCGUUGCGACUCCAGGCGCGUCACGACGAGUCUCUAGUUGCAGGCGGCGAUCGAGCUCUCGGGGGAACCAGAAUUAAGGGUAGGUGGUUCUAGUUGCACUAUCGUGAAGAUAAGUCAUGCAUGAUCUUGCUGUAGUUUGGGUUGAGAGAGAAAGAAUAGGUACUACGCUAAGCCAAGACGCGUUCCCACUUUUUAUGUAGAACUGUAUCUGCUGCAGCUGAGGGCUAUUCUAAAGAUAUCAGAGCGGGGGACACGCCGACGAUAUCCGAAGCUUCAACUUCUGAUGUUUUAGUGAUCGAUAGGACCACUGCAGAGGGGGUAGAUGAGUGUCGAGCUUUGGAUUUUGCUGCUAGUUUGCUGCAUUCGGCGUCGACGAAUCCUAGAAUCCUGUGUCAGCGCGUGCGAAGGCGUGAAAGGCUAAGAGAAGAUAGCCUUGUAUUAGUUACGGUUUUGAUGAAGUAUGGUACCAGUUGUACAUGGAAAAUAGUAUGCGGUUGCGGAUGCGUAGUUUGAUGAGAAUAAUUAUGAUUCUGUUUUGCUCUUAAACUCCGAGUUGUAGACGUCCAUGGCUAAAUUUGCGGUCAUCUUACAGAACUGAACUUGUUAAGCUGACCUACUCAAUACGACAUUAAGGAACAGUGAGUUGAUGCAAGUGGAACUGAAAAAUGUAUCAUCCCGCCGAUGGCCUAGCACGGUCGUUUGGGAUGCAGAAUGAUGAUGAACCGAGAGGGAUUGCGCUAAGAUCCUAUUGGAGGAGUACCGCAAUAAGCGUGUGCAGGUAGUUCCGGGUAUCGUGGAUGCAGGCAUGAUAAGACGGCGUGAGAAAACAGUGGUGCGCCUCUGCAGUGAUGACUGGAUCGCCGCACCAGAACGGUACGGAAACGAGUCUAUUUACUUCAUCUCCAUAAUAGAAUAAAGUCGAGUUCGAGAUGCUAUGUAUAGAUACCAUUAUAUAUAGUACUAGCUCUUCUAGCUUCCUUGAUGUUCAUCUUGUUGAUCCUUUCUUUUGCCUCCACUUUGAUUUCGUGCAGUCAGUUAGAGGCAUGACCCCUAGGAGAAGAAUUAGUGUUGUAUCCAAGAGUAGGUGGGUAAAAUCCAUUUUAGCUUCUGUUGUUUAAGUACUCUUGAUUUCGUAACGCCAUUGGGUCAAAAAAGGCAGACGAUCCUACGAGUAUUGUUAAGAGAUGUUUUAUGAUUAACACGCU